AUGGUGGCGUAUGAGUGGGCCUUGGAAGGGAUGCGACACCUUGCCUGCAUCAGCAUGGAGGACUGCAGCUCCGCUGAACACUGUGCAGGUGUGAUCAAGUGCCUGGAGAGUUACAAGGGGCAGCACCCGGACAUCAGCGAUGCCCGGUUCCAGGAGAUGAAGGAGCUGGCCUGUGAGCUGAAGAGUGACAAGGGACUCAAGCAGUGGAAAUUUGCAUGGUCCAAAUGCCAGGAGACCAAGCUGGUUUUUGAAAAGAAACUCGAAGCAGCCUUGAGAACAAGGAGGUCUCUGCUGUCAGACCGCAAACCAGCUGCGGGGGAGCAGCCCCGGGCUGGCAGCGAGGCUGGCAGUCUGUCUCACCGGAGGCACUCUGAGGGGGCCACCUCCGGGUCCCACUGGGACAGGACUUACAGCGGGUCCCACUGCUACAACAGGCCCAGCUGCUCUCCAGGGUGGACUAAGGAGAAAGCUCCCUCACCCUCCCUGAGCUGCCCGGGCGAUGUCAGUGCUGGGGAAGAAUUUGCCUGUCAAGCUGCUCUCAGCCCUGGUCCACACUCGAGCAGAGUUUCUUUUGCCAGCGGGGCCUCCAAGUCUCCAAAGCUGCCUGAAGAAAAGUCAAACCUGGAGAGCAUAUUAGAAACCCUGGAGGUGAAGCCAUCCUGCACCUCCACUCCAGCCUCUGGGAAGCCGCCUCCCAGGAGGAUGCUCCGGAAGGCUCAAAGCUUUGACCUCCCCUGCGGUGAGAGCCUGUGGUCAGGCUGCCAGAGGACGCUGAGCGAGCCGGCCAGAUACGGCAACACCGGCGUCUUUAUUAAGGGGCUGGAGGUGAGCAGCACUGAGCUGGUGGACAGGACUUUCGUGCUGCGGCAGCAAGCUGCUCACAGCUGGGCUGCGGACUGCCUGCUGGAAGGACAGAGGGGCUGCCUUUCCGUGUCAGAAGCCAAGAGCUGGGGCAGCAAGCUGCGGCACAUCAUUGAUGAGAUGGUAACCACGGAGCGGGAAUACGUGAGGUCGCUUUGCUACAUCAUCGAUAGCUACUUCCCUGAGAUGGAGCGCCUUGACCUCCCCCAGGACCUGCGUGGGAAGCGCAGCGUCAUUUUUGGCAACCUGGAGAAACUCUAUGACUUCCACAGCCAGUACUUCCUGCGAGAGCUCGAGAGCUGCUGCAACCACCCGCUGCGGGUUAGCCACUGCUUCCUCCGACACAAAGACCAGUUUGGGAUGUAUGCAUUGUAUAGCAAGAACAAGCCAAAGUCGGACUCACUGCUGGCCAGCCACGGGAAUACCUUCUUCAAGUUCAAGCAGGUGCAGCUGGGGGAUAAGAUGGACCUGGCCUCCUACCUGCUGAAACCCAUCCAGCGGAUGAGCAAAUACGCCCUGCUCCUGAAGGACCUGAUCAAGGAGUGCAGCGAGGCACAAGAGCAGGAGCUGGGCUACCUCCGUGCAGCUGAGGAGAUGGUGAAGUUUCAGCUCCGGCAUGGAAAUGACCUGCUGGCCAUGGACGCCAUCCGCGACUGUGACGUGAACCUGAAGGAGCAGGGGCAGCUGGUGCGGCAGGACGAGUUCACCAUCUGGCUGGGCCGUAGGAAAUGCCAGCGACACGUCUUCCUCUUUGAGGACCUGAUCCUGUUCAGCAAGCCUAAGAGGAUCGAGGGUGGCUUUGAUGUGUACAUCUACAAACGCUCCUUCAAGACUGCAGACAUCGGUCUGACGGAGAACUCUGGAGACAGUGGCCUGCGCUUUGAGAUCUGGUUCCGAAGGCGGAAGUCCAGCGAUACCUACAUCCUCCAGGCCAGCUCAGCUGAGACUAAGCAGGCCUGGACCAGUGACAUUGCCAAGAUCCUGUGGCAGCAGGCAGCCCGCAAUAAAGGUGUGAUUCCUUCCCGGGGCGUCUGUGCCGCAAAAGAAAUCCGCAUGCAGGAGAUGGUCUCCAUGGGUGUGGGCAACAAGCCGUUCCUGGAUAUCAAACCCAGCGAGGCAGCUAUCAAUGACCGUGCUAUCGAUUACAUCAUGAAAGGCAGAGGCGCCAGGACCAGAGCAUCAAUCGCGGUGUCUCUGUUCGACCAUUCCAAUCCGUACAAGAGGACGCAGGCGCAGCUCUCCGCUGGCAGCACCCCUGCUGCAUACAGCCCUUCCUCCUCCUCCCUCCUGGGGCCCCUCAACCUCCACAUGUACCUGGACCAGGCUCUGCUGCCGGGCGUCCUGGCCCCCACCCGCCCCUUUGACAUCGGCACCUGCAUCGAGGAAGAUGAGCUGGAGCACGAGACGAGCAGCCAGCCGUCACUGACAACAGAGAGCUCAGAGUCAUCGCACUGCAUGUCGGGCAGCGGCUCCAGCGGCUCGGACAGCGGCUGUGUCUCCAGCAUCCCACAAGAAAGCUUCUGUGAAGACAUGGGCUCACCCCCCUACAUGCCCCUAGGUUCACAACACAGCUCUGCGAUGGAGGAGAAACCCAGGUUCACAAACAGCCAGUACAUUUCUGCAAAAGCAGGCCAGGUCACCAUAAGUCCCUCGACAAUAGUGUGAGCCCCUCUGCACACGUAUACCGCCUAAGGAAGUGGAGUUGUUGUUUGAUUGCCAUUUCAAACUCACUGAAGACCCCAGGCCUCUGACCAGCAGAAGGAGACAGCCUUCACCUACGAAGAUUU